AUGGCAAUUCGAAUAAUUUCGCUACAAGACAAGAAUGCGAAAGUUAUUGUGGAGUCGGAGGUGCAUAAAUCUUUGCAAUUUCUGGCCCAUUCUAACUUCUCGGAAAAACUUGCAAUAGAACCCAAAUGCCUUACUCAAAAUUGUGGAAAUGCAAUACGCUUCAAGGUUGCUGCAAUGGUGGGCGUGCCUCUACGUGAUAGCCUCAGGAUCUACAGACGUGCUCGAGAGUUCCGUGGCUGCUCCGUCACGCAUGAAUGCUACGCCGUCGCUAGACUGACCAACGGUAUCCCAUCGUUGCUGCCCUACCAAAUCCUACAUCUGCGCACUUCCGCCGCAACAAGGAUCUUCGCUGUGCUCAGGAGGUGUCUACAGUGUAACUCGAUAUUACUUCAACAAAUCGUCACAAAGAAAGUGCUCUUCCUUUUUUGCUUCAAUGGAUGCGACGGGAAUCCGAACAAUUUUGCGUCGCUAAAUCAGUGCAACAAUUUCUGCACGGCUUCUGGUAGUGUUUCAUUUGAGGAAUCGUCAAAAGUACGGGAGAAUUCACAUCUUCCAAGUAGUCGCAAGCAUGGCGACGACAGAGUUAUAACGGGAGCAUUUGGGACUUAUCCAUUUGGAUCGAAAAUUCUUAAAAUCUCGGAAUACUGA